UCUGUCAACAGUGUCAACCAACUGCUCUGUCAGUUUGCUGUCAAAGUUACGUUUAGGGUGCCCUAGUUUUAGAAAGCCUCAAAAAUGGCUCAAAUCGGCGAACCCCUGACCCUCCACAGGGACAUCAAACGUUCCAUUGAACUUUUGGAAAAACUUCAAAAAAGCGGCGAAGUUCCUGCCACAAAGCUCGCAGCGUUACAAAAAGUCCUGCAGAGCGACUUUCUGAACGCAGUACGGGAGGUGUACGAACAUGUGUAUGAAACUGUUGAUAUUCAGGGUUCGCAAGAUGUCAGAGCAUCGGCGACUGCUAAAGCCACAGUGGCGGCAUUUGCGGCCAGCGAGGGGCACGCGCACCCUCGUGUGGUCGAAUUGCCUAAAACUGAAGAAGGGCUAGGUUUUAACGUGAUGGGGGGCAAAGAACAGAACUCGCCAAUUUACAUUUCAAGAAUUAUUCCUGGGGGUGUGGCAGAUCGACAUGGAGGACUCAAACGGGGUGAUCAGCUUUUAAGCGUGAAUGGUGUGUCUGUUGAAGGAGAAAAUCAUGAAAAAGCGGUCGAAUUGUUGAAGCAGGCGCAUGGAUCUGUCAAGUUGGUUGUUAGAUAUACUCCUAAGGUUUUGGAGGAGAUGGAGUUGCGGUUUGAUAAACAACGGGCAAGGAGGAGGCAGCAGUAUAAUUGAAUUGAUUUUACUCUAUAGUAGGUGUGCUGCUGAUACUCGAAGAUUAUAAAGAUUUGGUCUGUUAUUUAUCAUGUAUGUGUAAUAUAUAUAGUGACAAUUUAUGGGACUGCAAUCAGAUUAUUGUUGUACGGAAAGUAUUAUUAAUCUAGGAUCUGCUUUUUAUUCAUAAGUUAAUUUAUAUUACAUUCUAAGAAUAAAAUAAGUAUGUAGGAGGUGUAUAAAUUAAUGAAGUUAGGUUCCUGUAAUAAAGUUGACUUUAAGAUACGGA